AUGGCCCCUACGACCACAUCUCCAAGACUGUCAAGGAUAUCCAUAUUCUACCUCAUCACCUCAGCAAUCACCUCAGUAAAUGCAUCAGUUCUCUUCCAUCGACAGGCACCAACAUGCGGAGGAAACCAAAAUCUCCAACAAUGCGGAACUGGCUUCCCCUCCUCAUUCUGCUGCCCAAAAGACACAACCUGCAUGUCUCUCAACAGCCCCUCUGUGCAAUCAGUCAUCUGUUGCCCAUCAGGACAAGACUGCGCUUUCAUCCAAACUAUCACCUGCGACAUCAAUCAACUAAACGCCACCUUGCAUCCCGACAACCAAAUGCACCUCGCUGAGACAAACGGUGUCGACCUGCCAAAGUGUGGCGACAAGUGCUGUCCCCUGGGUUAUACCUGCAAGGGCGGCAUGUGCUCCAAAGACUCUACAACAUCGCCAUCAGCAUCAGCAUCGCCAACAUCGAUCACGGGACCGACCUCUUCCGCGACAAACCCAGCCUCUGCCUCUCAAACCUCCAACUGCCCCGUUGCAGCACCCAUCCAAACCUCGCAAGGCUUCGACGGUCGUUCCUUUGCAGCCGGUUUCUUUCCCGGUAUAGUACUUGGCGCGCUCAGCACCAUCGGGUUGAUCUGGGCAAUCAAGAAGCGCCGUGAGUCGCAGGCAAAAGCGCGGUAUUCAGGCGAUUUCGGUCACGUAGCACGCCAAAUCAGCGAUCCCAUCUAUGAUCCCAUGCACGCAGCGCGAACGGAUUUCAUGCGACGAGGAUCGCAGUCCGCACAACCCAGUCCAAACUCGACUGACAAGAUCAUAACGGGCAUGAAGAACAAUGGAGCUGCUACUGCAGGAGGCGCAGGUCUCACCCCACGGAUAAAAAGCAUGUGGGACCGCACGCCGAAACUAAACUUUGGCUUCGCAACAGGCUUGCCGGCGAAUCCAGCGCCUCCUCCACCCGCCGUGCGCGCUGGUAACAACAACGUCGAUCCAUACACCACGCCCCGUCAAACGCCUCGUCGCAAACACUCCAAACACUCCUCUCGCCAUACUUCUUCUUCUCACCGCCACCACCGCCACCACGACGAUAAUCGCCUCGAACCUACCCGCAGCGGCAGCCAGGAGACGAUCGAUGUCCUCAUGCCCGCCCCGGGCUUCCUCGAACCUCCCAAGCCGCCUGGUAUGCGCGAGAAUAGGUUCACGUCGGAUAGUAGUAAUACCACCUUUACCAAGUUGAUGGAGAGGGCGGGGUUUGAUGAGCGCGGACAGCAGGAAGUCCGGGACUACCGGGCACCGAGGUAAUAAGUCUGGACGAUUUAUUGUUCGAGAGAAUUCACUCUGCUGGUGAUGCUGAUGGCUUGUUGCUUUUUUCGGUAGUGGAUUCUGUUUAUACAUUCUUUCUUUCCUCUUGUUACUUAGCGCUGGCGUUGGAUGCUCUUUAUUAGGGUAGGAGGCUUUGGGCUUUUUUUGAUUCUGCUUGGCCACAUGCGUUUGGAGUUUUUGCGUACAUGAUACCACACAGGCAGGCCUGCCUCACUCGCUUUGAAUCGAUGAAUCUCAUUCCAUCAAUAUAGUUUGCACGAUCUAUAAU